AUGGGGCCUCUCUUUAAUGGGGGAGGCCCUCGGGGUGUGGAGAGGGCCCUGCUUGUUUUGCUGGGGGCCCUCUUUGGGUUUGCUGCAGCAACUCCUGCUGCUGCUGCUGCUGCUGCCGCUGCUGCUGCUCUCGCGAGGCAGCUCGUGCAACGAGCAAGCGCUCUGAACCCACUGCGCAGCAGCAACAGCAGCGCCGACAACAGCAACAGCAGUAGCAAGGGUCGCAGCCGAAGCAGCAAAAGCAGCAGCAGCAGCAGCAACAGCAGCAGCAGCAGCAGAAGGAACAGCAAUGCAUGCGAGGAUUUUCAGCCCCUUUUCAUAGACGCAGCAGCUCUGCUGCAGCAGUCACCGAGUCUCUUUCGUUUCUCAGCAGCAGCAACAGCAGCAGCAGCCCCAGCAACAGGAGCAGCAGCAGCAACAGCAGCAGCAGCAGCAGCAGGAAGCCUGUGGUUCAGGUGUUUGCUGUCUCCUAGACAGAUUGAGAGGCAAGGGAGACAGUUGCUGCUGCCUUCGUGGGGUGUAGAGUCUCAGAGACAAACUGCAUGCUGCAGGGUCCUCCUUGUAGGGGCAGGGGGCCUCGGGGGCCCCAUUGCUGUUUACCUCACAGGCGCAGGAAUAGGGCACCUGACCAUUGUCGAUGGAGACACCGUAGACGCAACAAACCUCCACAGGCAGGUGUUCUUCAGGGAGGCAGAUGUGGGGCGCAGCAAAAGUGGGGCCCUUGCGCGAGUCUGCCGGCUACUGGACUCGGAGGCCUCAGUGGAGGCUGUUGAGGCUUUCGUAGACUGGAAGCUGGCAGGGGAGCUCGUGCCCAGCCACGACAUCGUUGUGGAUGCUACAGACAGCAGAGAAGCAAGGUACGUAUUGAACGACGCAUGCGUCUUAGGAGGGAGGCCCCUAGUGUGUGGCAGUGCCCUGAAGCGAGAAGGCCAGGUUGCUGUUUAUAACUUCGCGGGGGGCCCCUGCUACAGAUGCAUCUUUCCUGCUGAAGAAGGGAUAGGGGGCCCCCAGGGGGCCCCCAAUUUAAAAGACAGCGGCGCAUGCGAUACACAUGGGGCUAUCGCGGUGCUGCAGAUAGCUGGGGGCCCCCCUCUUAAUAAGGGGGCCCCCCCGAGCCCUGGGGGCCCCCAAGGGCCCCGCUUAUUUGUCUAUGACGGAGAUGACAGUCAGAGGCCCUGGCGCUCCUUCGCUCUCCGGGGCAAACAAAAGGCCUGCAUAGCUUGUGGAAGUACACCGCAAAUCAAGCAACUGGAGCCGCGUCCGGAGUACUCGGGUGUAUGUUGGUACCCUUCUGUCUCUCCUUCGCGACGUCUGUCUGCUGCUGCUUUUGCUGCUCGAUUGGCUACGUGGGGGGCCCUGUGGCAGCUGCCGGCCUUCUCAGCUGCUGCUGCCUGGCUGCGGCGUGCAGCAGCAGCAAGUGAUGCUGCUGCUGCUGCUGCUGGGGAGAUGCUAGUGCUCAUUGACGUGCGGCCCCACACCCAGUUCGCUGUGGCUCGCCUCCCUUAUUCUCUGCACUGGCCGCUGCAGGACCUUCUUAGCUACAUAGAGAGCAGACAGCAGCAAGUUGCUGCUGCUGCUGCUGCAGCAGCAGCAGAAGGGGCGGCUACGCAGCCUUACGAAGGGCGCGGGUGCGAGGAGGUGUCUCUCUUUUUAAAGGCCCUUCUUCAUCUCCCUCAACCCUCAGCAAUUCAUAUGUCGUCUCCUCUUGCAUUUGUCUUCAUAUGCAGAAGAGGAAAAGACUCAGCCAUAGCAACAGAAGCGGUGCAUGCGCUAUUUAAUGCUGCACAGGGGCCCCAGCAAGAACAGGGAGUCCGGGGGGCCCCCCAACAGGGGGGCCCCCCCAUAGGGGGCCCCCCAGGGAGGGCCCCCACAAGGGGGAUGGGCCCCCCUAGGGUGUUUAAUCUUGACAGGGGCCUCGAGGGCCUCGUAGAAGAGGGACUCAUUCGCAUGGCUGUACCCUGA